AUGUCUUCGCUGGCACCAGUCGACCUGUCCCAUUCCCAUCGGAAGCGCAAGAGGAGGCGGAGGAACGACAAGCCUGCCAUUGCUGCCCGCCUUGUUCUCGACGACCAUGUCAAGGGCGACGUUGGGAUCUUAUCCGAGGACUUGUUUGCCGACCUGUUUCCACACUUGAAUUAUGACACCGAACAUGACCAAGACGCCGCCCUCGUCCCCGAUGUGCUCCAUGUUGCUCUGGCCCCAUGGGCGCCCAAUGCCUCUGCAGAGACCACCAACUGGACCAUAGUUCCUGUCACCCAGUCUUCCGCCCUCGCACACUCGACUCUCCAGUUUUCUCCCUCCUCCCUGGCCCUCCAGAGCUUCGCGACCACCCUUCAACAAGUUGCACCAUCCAAGCUGUCCAGCCACAGCCGAAGCGGAAUUGAGAUACUGGUUCUGGAUGUGGUGGCUUUGUCGCUGGAUACCGUCUUCGUGAGCCUCGAGGGUGAGCUUGCGAAAAGGUUGGAAGACGGGGAAGGCACCUUCUUCCGGGACCAUCCAGAUGUCACAUCUGCCCAACUUAAGGGCAAAGGCUCCGCAGCCGAAUCGUCCCCAGAGGGUCGUCUAAAGACGGCCAUACGCAUUGCUCUUGGUACAUUGAAAGUUGUUCAUGCUGGAGACCUGUUUCCGCUACCUCUAUCGCCCCACGCCAUAACUCACGUGCCACCGAACCCAGGCAAGGUUACGCUUUGCGAGCCAGUUGCUCAAGGUAUCUUGUCUCCGUCGACUAAGAUCAUCGUGUCCAGAGGUCGCAUUCACUCCAAGGACAGCCGUGCUCCUUCCGCUAUGUCUUCGUCUCAGAAGCUUAAUGGGCUCGCCGAGGAUGACGACGACACUGCAAACGAUCAGUUUUACUCAGCAGCUGAGGAGCGGUAUAGGACGGGGACCGAGGUUCAGACUGAAGAAUCUGAUGUCAUUACUGAGACUGAGGAAUCAGAACUUUCCUUGGACGAAAACGAUGAUUUAUCAGAUGAUUCAAUGGAUGACAUGAUCUCCCUUCAGGCCCCAGCCUUACCCGCAACGGCUGCGAGCGGUGUGUCUACAAUCGCUGCUGGCACGCCAAUGACGCUGGGCCGUGGGCGAAAGACCAAUGGUGUAAGCACGCCUGGUUCAGUCUUCUCGACCUUCACUGCCACUACUGCCAGACUCGAUCGACCUCGUGGGCGGCUUUUCAAAGCACAGGGUCUUAUGAAACCCAUUCCUCCAGAGCUCCUGCAUCCGAAGGUUGUCCCCGCUGACGAUGAGGAGGCGCGUGUAUAUGUCGACAUUAGCAAUUUGACCAGAAUUGGCUGUUUCUCUGGCGACUGGGUGAGGCUGGAACCCGCGCAGGAACCACCUGUGAACGGUUUUGGCCAAUUUGGCCUCGGGAGCUUUGGCGACAUAGGCCAGGAUGAGCCAGAUUGGCGACCUGUCAGGGUCUUCGGGCUGCCAGAGGGGUAUUCGCAGCGGCCUGUGACAAGAAUUGUACACUCCAAAAAUGAGGGAAGACGACCCUCGUUCUUUGAGUCGCAAUUACAGAAACCGUCAAGCCCUGCGGUAUAUGUUUCACCAGUUUUGUUGGCGAAUCUUGACGGCCCAGCCUAUCUGCGCAUCGCACCUUUGAAAAGGGGCUCUCCCGUUCUGGCGAAGAACCCCUUGUCCAAGCUGACAGGCUCGUCGCAACCACCUUACGCUCGCGAGGUUACCCUGAGGCAUGUACGAACUCCCAAAUCGGUCGAGAGAGACGUACAAGCAGCCGUCAUGGCUGGUGUCAAGUGCUACUUCGAAAAGAAAUCGAGAAUAGUCAAGAUUGGUGACUUGAUCGCAUUUCCCAUCGACACGCAGCUUGGAAGAACACUCCAGGAGUCCGGCACGGAUAACCUCGCUGUUGAUGAUAUCUUGUCUUUGGCAGCGUCAAAUCCGACCAAUCGAAGACAAGGCCUCAACUAUGACGAGGUGGUCUGGUUCAAGGUCACCCAUAUCGUUAAUAUGAAACGUGAAGGCUCUGAGGAAGAACCUGAAGAGGAUACAUGGGGCUCAGUCGCAUGUAUCGAUGUAUCAAUGACACUUUUACGACAGACAGGUUCUGUGACCAGUCGCAUACCGGGCGUCAAGGACAGUACGUGGAGGUAUUAUCUUGGCCUGAGAAAGCCGCCAGAUCGAGCUUUUCAGUCUCCACCCACAGCAAUCACGGAGCCAGAGCGGCCCCAAGUUUCGCCCCUGCGGAACCGCUUGCGUGAACUUCUGGCAGCAGCAACUAGCCAGAGGGCUAUGCAACUAAAAAUGCCACCACUAGCGAUCUUACUGGUUUCCACUCAGAGAAACAUUGGGAAAGCCACCGUUGCUGGCGAUGCAUGUCUCGAUAUUGGUCUUCACACUUUUGUGCUAGAUGCAUAUGAUAUCGUCAACGACGCAGGUUCGGGAGGCAGCGAUGUCAAAACGGAAGGCUUUUUGAAGAGCCGGGCCGAGCGGGCCAUGAGCUGCGGCCCAGAAUCUUGCGCUUUGCUGAUCAGGCAUAUCGAAGCUCUUACCGCGGACAGGAUGGUAUCGUCAAUGAAAGAGAUUCUGGCUGAUGCCAGAGUGGUUAUCGCUACUACGACCGAAGUGGAUAAAGUCCCCGAUGGAGUAAGAGGACUGUUCACCCACGAACUCGAAAUGAGAGCUCCAGACGAAGGCGAGCGAGAAGUGAUACUGAGGAGCAUCAUCGAUGACCGAGGCAUUUCUCUCGGCCCUGAUGUCGACUUGAGCAGUGUCGCACUCAAGACUGCCGCUUUAGUCGCAGGUGAUCUGGUCGACGUCGUCGACCGGGCUUUGGUUGCUCAGCGGUCACGCCUCGAGAAGCUCACCUCCCAAGCGAUGGAUACGAGCACCAGGCUCACAGUCCGUGAUAUACAAGUCUCCGGCGGCGCUUCUUCACGCGGCCUGACACCGGCUGAUUUCGACAUCGCUGUGGAGGCUGCGCGCAAGAACUUCGCAGACGCCAUUGGCGCACCAAAGAUUCCCAACGUGACAUGGGAUGAUGUUGGCGGUCUAGAAAACGUGAAGGACACCGUUUCAGAGACCAUUCAACUGCCUCUCGAGCGGCCUGAGCUGUUCGCCAAGGGCAUGAAGAAGCGCAGUGGCAUUCUAUUCUACGGACCGCCAGGCACUGGCAAGACGCUGCUUGCGAAGGCCAUUGCAACAGAGUACAGCCUGAACUUCUUCAGUGUGAAGGGUCCCGAGCUGCUGAAUAUGUACAUUGGUGAGUCGGAGGCCAACGUGCGGCGGGUGUUCCAGAGGGCAAGGGACGCCCGGCCGUGUGUAGUGUUCUUCGAUGAGCUGGACUCCGUGGCGCCAAAGAGAGGCAACCAAGGAGACAGCGGCGGUGUCAUGGACCGCAUUGUGAGUCAGCUUCUGGCUGAACUGGACGGGAUGUCAAGCGGCGAGGACAGCGCUGGAGGAGUGUUUGUCAUCGGCGCCACCAACCGGCCGGAUCUCUUGGACUCGGCGCUGCUGCGGCCCGGGCGAUUCGACAAGAUGCUGUACUUGGGAGUGUCCGACACUCAUGAAAAGCAGCUGAGGAUUCUGGAGGCGCUGACGCGAAAAUUUACCCUCCACCCCACAGUCACCCUGCGCGCCGUCGCCGAGAAGCUGCCAUUCACCUACACAGGCGCAGACUUCUACGCGCUAUGCAGCGACGCCAUGCUCAAAGCCGUGACGAGACAGGCCGGCAAGGUGGACGCCAAGAUCAAGGUUCUCAAUGCCGAAGCCGAGGCCGAGGGCAAGAAGCAGACCAUCUCGACGGCCAACUUCUUCGAUCACUACGCCACGCCGCAGGAUGUGGCCGUGAUGGUGACCGAGGAGGACUUCAUGGACGCGCACAGGGAGCUCAUUCCCAGCGUAAGCGCGGGCGAGCUGUCUCACUACGAACGGGUCAGGGCCACCUUCGAGGGCGGGCGGGAAACCAACGGCGGGGCGAGCACCAAUGCGGAAAAGCAGAGGCCUAUGCCUCUCAACCUCGGGCAGAGGACGGUGUCGACUGCCUCGCAGCGAAGCGCGAGAGGCAAAGGAAAGUCUGUGGCUGCUGGCAAGGGAAAAGGAAAGGCUGUCGCCCAGGGGAGUGACGGUGAGGAUGCCGAGUACGAGGAUGACUACGGGGUUGCAGCCCAGGACGAAGAUGAAGGGGAUGGGCCGAACGGGAUCAGCAGCAGGAGUAAGGGGAAGGGAAAGGCGGUUUCUGGGUUCCAGGACGGCACGGCGAGUGAUGAUGAAGGACUGUAUGACUGA